AUCUGUUCUCAGACUCGGCUUCGUCCUCAAUCACUGCUCCUUCUCCUUCUCCUUCUCCUUCUCCUGCUUUUACUCCACUUUUCUAUUUUGUAUGGUUCUAGUGGAGAUGAAGGUUUGCAGAUGGAGCUGUUGAUCUGACGCUCGUGUGAAACUUUCAGUAUCAUGGCUCUUGAUCACGUCUUUAUUUUACUGCUGUUGAUCCUCAGUGCGGCUCUGCAGAGUUCAGGAUUAAUGUCUGAUUAUAAAACGUGUGGAGACGACGCAUGCGCACGUCUGUUGUGCCGUGUUGAGGUGGUGAGAGAUCAUCACGCUCAGGACUGCAGGUUUCUCAGCUUUAAAAAAGGCGACAUGAUCGACGUUUAUCACAAACUCACAGGAAAGAGGAGCGACCUGUGGGCUGGAAGUACAGAGAAGCAUUUCGGAUAUUUUCCCAAAGAUGCAGUGAAAAUAGAUGAAGUUUAUGUUGAUGAGAAGAAGGAGAUUCGAUUAAGAACUCAGAAAACAGACUUCUUCUGUAUGGAUGCUUUCGGCACAAUAAUCUCCAGUGAGGAAUUUGAAGAUUACGAGUUUGGAGAUCAAAGUGGCGAGUCUGAAGAAGAAUUAGGUAACAGUGAUUUUGAUGAUCGAGUUCCCAAAGCACCUGAAACUAAUGAGAAUGUCGAAACGAAGCCUGUUGAUAACGAUAAUAAAGACAAGGAGAAACCUGAACAACGCAGAUCUUCUUGGAUCGGAUCUGCUGUUGGCGGAUGGUUUGCUACCGAUCCUGAAGAAGCAGGAAAUGGAAAUGAAGAGCGGGAGAACUUUAAGAUCAGAAAACUGGCUUUGGAUGUCAACCAGUUGGAUGAGGAGAAGAAGGAGGAGAAACAAGCUAAAGUUCUAGACUGGAUUGGAGAUGGACUGAGCAACACUUUGGGAUUUGGGAAAAGUGAUAUACAGGAUCAAACUGAGAAUACCGAGGAUUCGGCCAGUGAGGAGUCCAGUUACUUACUGGGAAAUGGAAUAAAAAACGUUUUAGGUUUUGAAGGAGGAGAAGGAAGAGGUGACAUGCCACCUUCUAAAACCACGAAACAAAGUCAGGAUGAAAAUAUGCAAAAUCUAAAGGAAGAGCAGGAAGCAACGAGUCUUAAAACAGUAACCUUGUCUGGGACGAUCACCGAGAACAAGAAAACUGGUGAGAAGAAGCAUGCAGGAUGGUACAACAGCGUCUAUACCAGAAUCACAAACUUCUACAGAGAUCCUGAGGAUCAAAGAGAAACUAGUAAAGAUGAAGGAAUGGAGAGUUCAAGCGAUCAAGCGAAAGACAUCGAGAUUUCCAAGGAUGAAAAAAAUUCCGAAUCAGUAUCUGAAUCGUUUCCAUUUCAGGACUCGAGAAGUGAAAAGAGGAGAAACCAAGAGGAGAAACAGGAAGUAAGCAGCGAGGAUCAGACGGAGGAGAACGUUCAGCUCGGGGAACGAUGGUAUGGAAGCGUUUAUAACAGAAUUACAGGAUUUUACACACACACUCCUGAUGGAACUGAUGCUCCUGAUGAAACUGGUGUUCUUGAUGGAAUGGACGUUCAUAAUAAGAGUGAAGAUCCUCAAGUAACAUUGGAAAGCGAGGAGGUAAAGUCAAGCCGAGACAAAGAACUAGAAAACGCUGAUCACACUGCUGGGAAUAAUGAUGCAGGAUGGUACGACAGUGUCUACAGCAGAAUCAGCAACAUGUACGGAGACACUUCUGAUGUUCCUGAUGCCAUGGAAGAUGUUAAGAACAAAGACACAUUGUCAUCGUCCAUAUUAUCUACAAAUGACCUGAGAUCGCCUUCUGAAGGAGCAACACGUGAUGAUGAACCCAAACUGAGUGUCACAGAUCCAAGUCUGAAGCAGUCCACUGAUCAAAGUGACUGCAGGACAUUAAAGAGUGAUGAUGAUGAUGAUGAUGAUGAUGGUGAUGAUGAUGAUGGUGAUGUAGAAACUGAGGAUUCAGAACUGACUGUUAAAAAGAACUCACAGUCACAGUCCAUAUUUUCUGUCGGUCACCUGUCAAUGAUGAUCAAUAACCUAAAAUCACCCUUUAAAUCCAACGAUGCUGGAGAUAAAGAAGAAAGUGGUGGAGAAAAGACUCCAGACACAGGUAAGGAGCAACAGAGUGAUAAUGAUGAUGAGAUUAGUGUUAGAUUGAUGGAUGUGUUAAGCGAGAUAUCAUCCCAAGAAGAAGAAGAAGAAGAAAAAGAAGAAGAGGAAGCAGAAGAAGAAGCUGUGCAGGAAGUGAAUAUAGCUGAGGACCAAAUCAAUGCUGUAGAAAGUUCAUUAGAUGGUAAUAAGCAGGACCUCGGUGGUGAUGGUCAAAACAUCUCCACAAGUUUAAAGGAUGUCCAUGCAGAGACAGACUCAGGCCAAAGUGAGAACGUGUUAUCUGAGCUCAAUAUUAACAGAGGAACUGGUCUGGAACCAGUCUGGACCGAGUUAGCAGAACAAAAUAGAACAAAAGCCCAUGAAGUUGGUGAACAAACAAAACACUUUUCUGACAAAGAUCAAUUUACAGAUGGUCAUGGUGAAAAAGAUGCACAGUCUGAGAAGGAGACCAGGUCAGAUUCAAAUCUUCAUGUCAGAACUGUUGUAGAGAGUCUAGAGAUGGAAGACGAAUUUGAUGAAGCUCAGGAUAAAAGUGAAGAAGUUGAUGUGUUACCUGAGCCAGAAGGGGCAGGUUUGAAGGUAGGGAGUGGCAAGGCAGUGCAAACUAUCCAUUCAGAGUCUGAACAUGAGGAACAUGGUGCAGAUGUUGUUCAGGUGGAAUAUGAUGAAGAAAUCGAAAGUGUAAACGUUACUCUAAUGGAGUAUGAUGAAGGAAAGGAGGGUGGAAACAUUAUUGAAACUGAGCAGCAUGGAGGAACUCAGGUGGAGUCUGGUGGAGAAAAGGAGGGUGGAGUUACUCAAGUGAAGUAUGUUGGAGAACCAGAAGAUGUCGAUGUUGCUCAGAUGGAGUCUGGUGGAGACAUCAAAAGUGUUGCGGUUACUCAAGUGGAGUUUUCUGGAGGACAAAACGAUGAUUCUCAAAUUGAGCCUGAUAAAGAAAAUGAAGGUGAAAACAUUUCCCAAAUUGGGCCUGAUGAAGAACAUGAAGGUGAAGACCUUCCUCAAAUUGAGACUGGUGGAGGAAAUGCGGGUGUAGAUGUUCCUCAAAUUACGCCUAGAGAAAGUGAAGGUGAAGGCAUCUCCCAGAUUGAGACUGAUGGAGAAAAUGAAGGAGUAUGCAUUUCUCAAUCGGAGAACUCAAGUGGAGGUGAUGUUACUCAAGUAGCAUCUGAUGGAACAAAAGAAAGUUUUAAUUUUACUGGAAUGGAGACUGUCAGAGAAAAAGAAAGUGUAGACCAUAGUCAGAAAGAUCAGCUGAGUUUACACCCUGCUCAUGGUUUAGAAAGCACUCACAGCAUCUCUGAAACCAAACAGAAGCUGGAGAUCGAUCUGGAUCUGGAGUCCUCAGAGCUUAAGGAACAUGAAAGUGCUGCAGAAAAGCAGGCUGAAGUCACACCAAAAAGUGCACUAGAUAAAAGUCUGUCAACUCCAUUAGCAGAGACUGAAAUUUCCAGUAUGUCUGAUGGAGAUCAAAAUGGUUACGUUGGAGAUAAAACAUCAGACGUUAAACCCAGCAAAGCAGCGACGUCUCCUCAGACACAGAAACAUGCGUAUUCUAACCUGCAGGCUCAACUCAGUGAGAAGGACAUAUCGGCUCUCCUGAAGUUUUUUAGUGCAGAAACGUUAUCACGGCUGAACUUCAUCAUUGCACACCCAGAAGAUAUUAAUACAGAAGAGCUCGCUGAGCUUCAUGGCUUUCAACAAACUCUGGAACAUCUUCUGGAAGCCAGAAAUCAAGAAAUCAAGCCGUCGCUUCAAACCACACACACUGUCUUAUCCAUGCUGAGAAAGAAGCUACUGCCCGUGGUAGCAGAUGGCAGAGUAGAUAAAAGCCCAGAUUCAAGACAGACCAAGUGUGUCAGCGAAGCAUGUGUGGGUACAACCAAGAGCACACAGAUCGAUGAGCAAGACAUUGGAGAAGACAUGGACAUCAACAUGAACACCAGCUUUGGUAUAAACGACUCUGAGAGUUCAAGCAGUAAAUCGCUCUUUAAUGGAGAAGAUGUCAUCACAGACCAGAUUAGAAUAAUAGAUAACGGAGACACAUUUGAGUCUCACCAGAAAACUGCUUCUCCACCGGACACUGAUAUUGUCACAGAGGAGAUCCUCGCACCUGAAGAAUCCCAAAAUGAAGUUCUGCUGGGUUCAUACUGGGUUCUCAUUGCUGAAUUGACGAGCGAAGCGUUCACGUACAUGAUGAAGAAGAGUGCACACGUGAAACACGCUGUGAAUGAGGUUGUGAUGUCACUUCCUGAUGAUAUCCGGCCCGGGCCUGAUCUUUAUGGGUUGCCGUGGGAAGCGGUGAUCUUCACCACCACCAUAGGUUUAUUCACUUUCCUGCUGUUCACCUGCAGGUUCAUCCAGGCAGUUAAGAGCAGAUUAUACUGCAGUAAAGAGAGGAGGAUGGGACAGAAAGUGGCAGAGCUGCUGGAGGAGAAGUGUAAGGUUCUGGAGACGCUCGGUGAAUGUGAACGCAAGUUCAAGAAGCUGGACACGGCACUGCAGAAUGGUGGACUUGCAGCCCAGGAUUCAGAGAGAGAAGAUUUGGAGGUCAUGUCGAAGAAGCUGGAGGAGGCGAAUGCUCAGAUGAAGAGUGAUAUGGAGAGAAUGCAGAAGGAACUUGACACUCAAGACGAGCUCAGGAAACAGCAAGAAGAGCAGCUCACAAACCUGGAAGAGAUGUUAAAGAAACUAGAGGAGGAGACCACAGAGCGCAAAUCACAGCUCGAACAGGAUAAAACGACUCUGAAAAUUCAUGAGAUGAACACAGAGAGACUGCAGAAGAAACUCCAGGAGGCUAAAGAGGAGAACAGCAUGCUACUGGAGAGCAAAACACAGCUGGAGCAGGAGGCAGUGGGAUGGAAGGAGCGACUAAGUGAGUUGGAGGAAGAAAAGAGGAUGAGUGAGACGUCACACAACAGAAUGAUGGAGAACUGUGUGAAUAAAGAUGAGCGCAUAAAAUCUCUAACAGAAUUCCUGUUGAAGAUGAGAGAUUGGGAUUCAGAAGAAGAAAGCUCCAUCAAUGACACAACUGGAUCAGAGAGCAAAAGCUCUUCAGAUUUGAGGCAGAAACAGAAAGUGCAGAAACUGAUCAAUGCAGCAAAGAUAAGUGCAGAUUUAAAGGCAAUGGAGGAGGACAAGGACAGAGUGUUCGCUAAACUCACAGAUGAAAUCAAAGCUAAGGAAGAUCUUCAAGAGGGUCUUACUCAGCUGCAGCAGGAGAAAGAGUCUCUAGGGUCAGAAUGUUCCAUGUAUGUCACUGAGAUUGAGAAACUCCAACACAAACUGCAGAUCAUGUCUGAGAUGUAUCAGGAGAAGGAACUCAAACUGCACAGGAUGUUAACGGUGGAGGAGAAAGAGCGCUCGCAGAAAGAGGAGCAGCUCAACAAAGCUGGAAAAAAGAUCAGCAUGGCUACAGAUGAACUGAACUCCUACAGACAAAGAGCCAAAGAUCUGGAAGAUGAGCUGGAGAAGACCAAUCAGGCCUAUAGAAACCAGAUUGCAGCACAUGAGAAAAAGGCUCAUGAUAACUGGCUGGCUGCCCGAGCUGCGGAUCGGGAUCUCGCUGACGUGAAGAGAGAAAACUCUGUGCUGCGUCAGAGAUUAACAGACUGGCAGUUUAAACUGGAGCUGAUGGAGAAAAACCCACAGGGUCCUGCACCACUUUUCAGGGGUGAGAGAUCUCCAUUUGGUCCGUCUCCACUUGGUCACCCUCCCCCUGAAAAUCGGCCCUUCCUUUCCCCCCCAACACUGGUGGACGGUCCUCCUAGGGUCUCCCCUCAGUUUCCCAUGAUGCCUGGCGGCAGAGCGCCUCCUGGUGGUGCAGAAGGUGACAGGAGUGUUUCUUACUCUGAAAGUGGCUCCCCCACAUGGGAGAGAGAAAAUGAAAGAGCGCGCAGGAGUGUCGGACCACCAGGUCCAGAUCCAGGACUCGUGUACAGAAGACCUCUUUCAGCCCCGUUUUUGAGAGCGCCGCUUCCUCCUGAAUCAUACUACAACGAGAAAUCAGAUUCAUCAUUCGGGGUUGCUGGGUUUAGAGAAAACGGGAUCCGUGACAGUGGACGCCCGAUGCCUGGUGUUCAUAUAAGUGCAGGGCCUCUUCCUCCUCCUCCUUUUCCUCCAAUGGACCCACGAGACCCUAAUUUUCCCCGUCGAGGUUACCGUCCCGACUUCUUCCCUGCUCAUCCUUCCCUGGGCAUGCUCCGAGGACCUCCUCUUCCUCCUGGAGUUUUCCCCAGAAUUCCUCUGCCUCCUCACAUGGCAUUUCCACGAAUGAGACCGCCAGCUGAUCACAUUUCACCCGAACCUUCAUCCAGACCUUCACCCCCAGGCAGUGAGCAGCCACCUGAGCAACCAGCAUCUGCACAUGACAUCAUCUAAUCCCCUGCUUCAUCCCUUCAUUCAUCUUCUUCUGUCCUGUCUCCAUUGUGUCUGUUUAAUGCACCCUUGCUGACUUCCCCUAACGAUUGUGUAUCACACCGAAGGUCACACGAGUGCACUUGAACUAGAGGAGAGGAGUGUGUAUAGCAUGCAGAGACUUGUGGGUAAUUUUCAAACUCAAUCUCUCAUUACUGGAAUUGCUCACUAGAGUGAGACGUGAGAUUCGAUCAGAAUUGAUUUUUGAAAGUGAACAACGCUGCUUUGUGUCACUUCCUGUUCCUUUACUCAAGAGCUGACUUGAUCAUGUGACUUCUUUGUGUCUUUACAUUUCCCUAUUGAUUUUAUUUACUGUAAAAAGAAUUGCCACUGAGAAUAAUUGAACCAGAUUUAGUUUCUGGUACACGGCCACAUGCUUUCUCCGGUGUGCUGACGGUGUAGAUAUGGAGUAGAUGCAGGUCUUCAUAUUUGUCAUAUUUAAUAAUUUUUACUGUUAAAUAAUUAGCGGAACAUGUGUAAAUACUGCACUUGUAUCAUUACAGUAUUGUAAACGUGUACAUACACAGAAUGUAGUGAAUUUUGAGAAAUGUGAUGUAGAGAGCCGUCCCUGUUGUUUGCAUAUUUAUAGAACGAAUGCUUCAUCACAGAAAUGCGAACGAGAACAAUAAUAAAACUUGUCCUUAUAUGAACAAUG